AUGGUACAAGAGCUAAAACGGUUGACAUUAAACUUAGAAUUACAGCGAUAUGAAGAGGACAUCCAUCGUUAUGAACAGCUAUACCAAGAAGAAUUCAAUAAGCUUCGACAACAAAUUCUAAAUCCAACUUCAUCUGACUACAAACAUCAAAUAGAUAUAUUAAUGUACUCUGUCGAAUCCUAUCUAAAUAAUUAUAAGCAUAGACUUUUACGUCAAAUAAGACACAGAGAAGCAUGUUUUCAUACAAAUUUGAUUCGACAACGUCGUCGUCGACAAUCGCUCAUGACAGAAAACAACAUUCAGGUGCAUCCACAAAUUAUUGUCGAUGUUCAAAAAGUAGCGUUAAACGAUGCCCAACUACAAUUUCUCUCACAAAAUGUACAUGGCUCCAAUUUCUUAUCUUCAUGCUCAUCGUGCUCGACAAGAAAGAAAAGCAAUCAAGUUCUUCGUGUAACGGAUAAAAGUGGCAUAGUCCAUAUUGGUGACGCCAACGAUUAUGAACAAAAAGCACAAGCUUAUCGAGAAAAAACGAAGGCGUAUAUCGAACUAGAAAAUGAUCCCCUAUCCGUAGUUUUUGACAAGGCAGUCAAUUUGCUCAAUGAUCUUCGUUCGAAAAAGCAUAUUCUUGCAUGGCAAUUUGAUAAAAUGAUGCCGAAACGAGAGGACGCUCAACUAGCUUACCUGUAUUUUGUUCCAAAACCACAUAAGGAAGGAACACCAUUAAGACCGAUGGUGUCCUCAAUGCAUAUGCCAACAACUGGCAUUUCCAAGUUUCUUGAUCGACUACUUCGACCAUUAUUUGAUCAACAUGCUCGCUCAACUAGAAUUAUCGAUGGUGUUGAUCUCAUUCGACCACUUCAAGCAUACACUACAAAUGGAUAUUUGAAGCCAACAAUCUAUUUGUGCACAUUUGACAUCACAGAUUUAUAUACAAUGUUACCACCGGAAGAAUCUCUCGAUAUUCUAACUGAAUUUCUUCUAGAACAUGGAUAUACCAAAGUGAAUUCAGUGUCCAUUGAUGCCAUUCGGAAAUUAGCUCGUCUUGCUCUCACAGAAAAUGUAUUCACUUAUGAGAAAAGAUUCUAUCGGCAAGUGAUCGGCGGUGCUAUGGGCUCUGCAUUUACUUUGAGUUUAGCCAAUGUUUUCUUAUGGAAAUGGGAAAAACCAUUACUUCAGCAGCAGCUAAAUACAAACGAAAUCUAUGGAAGAUAUAUCGAUGAUAUCUUCUUUACUUCGAAUCAACCACUGGAGAAAAUCAAUGAAAUGUUAGAUCACGCCAACGAUUUCCAUCCAAAUAUCAAAUUAGUUCGGCAAAUUGGUAAGAAUGUAUCAUUCUUAGAUGUGCUUAUUGAAAAUGAUCAUGGUACAUUGAAAACAUCUGUGUAUCACAAAGAAGCAGCCGAACCAUACACAGUGCCAUUUAAUUCUGACCAUCCUCAUCAUACCUUCAGAAAUACCAUUGACACAGCACUUUUGCGUGCUGUACGCUAUUCAUCUACACUAUCAAUUUUUCAAAAAGAACAACGUACAAUCAAACUAAUGCUUCUUUACAACAACUAUACACCACGGUUUAUCUACAGCAGAUCCCACAAUUUCAUCACCUCUUAUCCCAAAACUUCAAACAUCCAACCAUUCAUACAUGAUGAAAAUGAAUUUAGAGCGAUCCGACACAAAAUGCUCAACAUUCCAACUAUUCUAGAAUAUCGAAUGGCGCCCUGA